CCUCUCUCCACCCCAUCCCCUGCAGUCAGCUGACAGCAGCCCUCUCCUCUCUGCACAUCUCCUGGAUCGGAUUUAGCGCUUGGACCAGGACAGGAUCAUGGCACCCAGCGGGCUCAAGGCGGUGGUGGGAGAAAAAAUCAUGCAUGAUGUGAUCAGGAAGGUUAAGAAGAAAGGAGAGUGGAAGGUUCUUGUAGUGGACCAGCUGAGCACACGCAUGUUAUCAUCAUGUUGUAAGAUGACGGAUAUAAUGACUGAAGGAAUAACAAUUGUUGAGGACAUUAACAAGCGGAGGGAACCACUCCCCAGCCUGGAAGCAGUAUACCUGAUCACACCUUCUGAAAAGUCUGUUCAUUGCCUCAUCAAUGACUUCAAAGAUCCUUCUUCCUCUAAGUACAAAGCAGCACACGUCUUCUUUACAGACUCCUGUCCAGACACCCUGUUUAAUGAGCUGGUCAAAUCACGAGCAUCCAAAGUUAUCAAGACGUUGACCGAGAUCAACAUCGCAUUCCUUCCCUACGAGUCACAGGUGUUUUCCUUGGAUUACCCCGAUUCCUUCCACAGUUUCUACAGUCCUCAUAAAGCUCAGAUGAAGAACCCGAUCCUGGAGCGCCUUGCAGAGCAGCUCGCCACUUUGUGUGCCACCUUGAAAGAAUAUCCAGCUGUGCGCUACCGCGGAGAUUACAAGGAUAACGCAAUGCUUGCGCAGCUGAUCCAAGAUAAGCUUGAUGCAUACAAGGCUGAUGAUCCCACAAUGGGGGAGGGCCCAGACAAGGCUCGUUCCCAACUCAUUAUCUUGGAUCGGGGUUUUGAUCCUGCCUCCCCAGUUCUACAUGAGCUAACCUUCCAGGCCAUGAGCUAUGACCUUCUGCCGGUGGAGAAUGAUGUUUAUAAGUAUGAAACGAGUGGUAUAGGAGAACAGCGAGUCAAGGAGGUCCUCUUAGAUGAAGAUGACGAUCUUUGGGUGACCUUGCGUCACAAACACAUUGCAGAGGUUUCCCAGGAGGUGACCCGCUCUCUGAAGGACUUUUCUUCCAGCAAGAGGAUGAACACAGGUGACAAGGCAACCAUGAGGGAUCUUUCGCAAAUGCUGAAGAAGAUGCCACAGUACCAAAAAGAGUUAAGCAAGUACUCCACUCACCUACACCUGGCUGAGGACUGCAUGAAGCAUUACCAGGGAACCGUGGAUAAACUUUGCCGCGUAGAACAGGAUCUUGCUAUGGGCACAGAUGCAGAGGGCGAGAAGAUCAAAGAUCCUAUGAGGGCAAUUGUACCCAUUCUACUGGAUGGAAAUGUCAGUACAUAUGAUAAAAUUCGCAUCAUUCUCCUUUACAUCUUCCUUAAGAACGGGAUCACCGAAGAGAAUUUGAAUAAACUGAUCCAGCACGCACAGAUCCCACCAGAAGACAGCGAGAUCAUCACCAAUAUGGGUCAUUUAGGAGUUCCCAUCAUUACUGAUUCCACACUUCGCCGCAGGAGCAAACCAGACCGCAAAGAGAGAAUCAGCGAACAGACCUAUCAGUUGUCUCGAUGGACUCCGGUUGUUAAAGAUAUUAUGGAGGAUACCAUUGAGGACAAGCUGGACACAAAACACUACCCAUACAUCUCCACACGCUCUUCUGCUUCUUUUAGUACAACGGCUGUGAGUGCCCGCUAUGGACACUGGCACAAGAACAAGGCUCCAGGAGAGUACCGGGCUGGUCCACGUCUGAUCAUCUUCAUCCUUGGUGGAUUGGGUUUCAGUGAGAUGCGCUGUGCAUAUGAGGUAUCUCAGGCCAGUGGCAAAUGGGAAGUCCUUAUAGGCUCCACUCACAUCCUCACCCCUCAAAAACUCCUGGACGCUCUGAAGAGAAUGAAUAAGACAGAUGAUGAAAUCAGCAGUUAGAUUUCCCCUGUUCCCCCAGAUGUUGUAGCCUAUCUUUCCCCCCAAACCUUCUUCUACCCACUCCCAACCUGACAACUGGCUGCUGAAGACGUAUCUUCAGUUUAUUCUUUGCCCCACCAGCAGAAAGGGAGUUCCUCCAGCCCAACCCUACUUUUAAACCAAUGCUAAAUCAUGGUCUCUAAUUGAGGCUUUUUUUUGCAUUAUGGCAUGGAUGUAACGUCAGCCAUUUUGUACUCCUCGCCCCCUAUUUUUCUUGUGAGCCCUGCAUUGUGGAGGUUGUAUUCUGUCUGUUUGUCCUGGAAUUUGUAAUGACCCCAGCGCACUUUGGAUCUUGUGUUUUUGGAUAAUUGACUAUUUUUCACACAUCUGCCGCUAGCCUGGAUAUAUGCCCAAUCAGCCAUUUUUACUAUGAGUUCUUCCGUGUUGCACUUUUGGCUUUGCCUCUCGGUCGUAUUUCUGUAGCAUAUAAUCUGUAUCUAGAUUUUGCUACUCUUUACAUUGCUUUAUUUAUAGUCACUUUUAUGUUUCCACAAUGCACAUUCUUACCAUGUUUUUACUGGACGUGCAGGAAUAUGGCAGGACGUUUGGGCCUGUAGCGUUCCCCCAUAUCAUAAAGCACAACGUUUGAUGGGGUAAAAAUCUGGUGAUGCCAUGCAUCUCAAACACUGUCUAGAACAUGCGUCCCUCAUGACCCUUUCCACAGCUUAUAUUUAAGUAGGCCCCUGCAGUUCUUACUAAGCCUUCGACCUCCCCACCGAUUUGUUCACUGUUCUGGAAAUGUGUGUUUCUGUAUCUGAGUGAGCUUGUCCUGCCCCAGCUCUUGGAAAUGAAUGCUUGCAUCUUUAAUGUGUGUAGCGAACUAAAUGUCUGAAUUUAGUUCUGUCGUAUAUAUAUAUAAUAUAUGAAGAGAUAUUUAUGUUUCUGGAAAGCUGGAGUGAGACGGAGGUCUCAGAAUCGCUCAUAAUUAUGAUCAGAAAAUACUCAAAUUAAUUUCUUAAAUUAAAUUACACUUGAAGGAGCUGACCUAUUAUGAAGGUAGCACAUUUUGUAACAGCAACUGACUCCAAUCCAUUUCACAAAGCUAAGUUAUAGUUCUUCAAUUUGUUGGGGGGAAAGGAAGCUAGGGCAACAUCAUACUCACAUAAAAACAACUCUUCAAUAACAAAACUUGCUCAAAUUGC